UUUGCAGUGGGUAAGACUAUGAAGAGCGAGCGCGCACACCUCCUUCCAUUCUCUGCCGGCCUGGGUGCUGCUGCUGCUGCUUGCUGCUGCUUUCUUCCGCAGCGUGAGUCCCGCUCCUUCCCUGUCCACCUUCCGGCGCCGCGGCUCUUUCAGUACCGUACCUCAGGCUCAGCGGCACUGAGCAGGAGAAGGCAUUAGUAACAAAUGAAUCAGCUGGGGAGAUCCUGAAACUGGGGUACCUAGAAUGAUUGCCUUUUUGGUUUCGUAAAGCAGAAAAUAUUUGAAGAUACAAGUUAUUGUUCCAUAAGAUAUUGGUUUCAGGAGAAUAUUGAAGGAAACAUUGCCAGAGCCAGCCAUGUGACUGAGAAUAACUGAUUGUUAGAUGGUCCCUCAAAGUCACUGGUGAUGGAACCCUUGAAUGGAGAUGAUGGAGAUCAAGAACAACCAAGCAAGAAAGAACAACCUCAGAAAGGCUCUGGGGGGACUCCACAGCAUAGCUGGGUAGCGUGGUGGAAUGGAAUGACAACUGGUGGAAUCAUUUAUCUCUUUGCCUUGUCACAGAUAUUGGUUUUCUUUACACUAUGGAGUGGUGGCUGUGAGACUGUCUCAACGGUUCAAGAUGUUUUAAAUGUGGUUUCUCACUUACUUACUCCAUUUGGACAGAUGGUUGCAAAUUCUAGUAAGGAUCUGAUCAAAGAUGUGGGCAUCACAUUGUCUUACUUCCUGCUGACUUUAUUUUUCCUUGGCUUGCUACUCAUAGGAACAUUGGUUUGGUAUCUUUUAAAACCCCAUCCAGAUCCCCUUUUCCCCCUUCGAGAAGACAGGCGGCAGUCUGUAAGCCGCCAGCCUUCAUUCACCUACUCAGAAUGGACUGAGGACAAGAAUGAGGAUGAUUUUCUUGAUCUGGACCCUGUUCCAGAAACACCGGUGUUUGACUGUGUGAUGGACAUGAAAGCAGAGACAGAUCCAGCAACCCUGACAGUUAAAUCUGUGGGACUGCAAGAAAGGAGGGGUUCCAAUGUUUCACUCACCUUGGAUAUGUGCACGCCUGGCUGUACCGAGCAAGGGUUUGGGUAUAUCAUGUCUCCAAGGGAACAGUCAGCUCAAGAAUACCUCCAGACAGCAUCAAAUGUUCUCAUUGCGGAGGUGCUGCACGAGAAAGCAUUAGAUUCUUUUGUACUCCAGACAGAAUUUUUUGAAAUUCCAAUGAACUUUGUUGAUCCAAAGGAAUAUGAUAUUCCUGGUUUGGUCCGAAAGAAUCGCUACAAAACAAUUCUCCCAAAUCCUCACAGUAGAGUGUGCCUUACAUCAGAUGAUCAAGAUGAUCCCUUGAGCUCUUACAUCAACGCCAACUACAUCAGGGGCUAUAGAGGAGAAGAAAAGGUGUACAUUGCUACUCAGGGACCCAUAGUUAAUACCGUCAGUGAUUUCUGGAGAAUGGUGUGGCAGGAGCAUUCGCCAAUUAUUGUCAUGAUUACCAAUAUAGAAGAGAUGAAUGAGAAAUGCACUGAAUACUGGCCAGAAGAUGAGGUUACCUAUGAGGAAAUUGAAAUCACUGUUAACAGAGUCAUACAAGCAGAUGAUUACCGGUUAAGGCUUUUUACCCUUAAGAAGGGUGAAGAAAUAAGAAGUCUGAAGCACUACUGGUAUACAUCUUGGCCAGAUCAGAAGACCCCUGAUCAAGCACCGCCAUUGUUGCAGCUGGUUCAAGAAGUGGAAGAGGCCAUGCAGAGCACAGAAGAAAAGACAGGUCCAAUCAUAGUUCAUUGCAGUGCAGGGAUUGGGAGAACUGGUUGUUUCAUUGCUACCAGCAUUUGCUGCAAACAAUGGAAGAAUGAGGGUGUGGUUGACAUACUCAGAACAACCUGCCAACUGCGGCUAGACAGGGGAGGAAUGAUCCAGACAUGUGAGCAGUAUCAGUUUGUCCACCAUGUCAUGAGCUUGUACGAGAAGCAGUUUUCUAGAGCAGUGGCAGAAGAAUAAGGAUUCAGGAUAUUUACGAUGUCAAAAAAACAACAACAGAACUCUGACAGGAACUUGUAUGUAUUCUGGAGCUGAGAAGAAACACACGAGGAUUUCAGAGUAGAAGACAGUUAUUUAUACAUAUAUAAAUAUAUAUAAUUUUACUUUCAUAUUGCAUUAUUUUGCAUUUAAGAGCUGAGAUACUGCUUUUCCUCAACAUGUGACAGGACACCAUUGUCUUCACCCAAAAACAAUGGCCUAUUUAUACUGUAAAUAAGAUAAGUAGUUGCAUUUGUUACAAAUUUUACAAUGUCAUUGUCAGAUUUGCUAUUUUAAAAACAACUAAAGUGCUAUUAGAUCCAAAUACAGUGUGAAAUUCUUUGAUAAAUGUCUUGCCAAUGUCUGUAAUGUAUGUUUACUAAGCUUGAACCGUAAGUUUCUUGCCUCCCCUCCCCAUGGAUCAUUUUUACAUUUUAAACUACCGGAUACUGUGUAUAUCAUAAGACCUUCUGAGCCUCCACAUUAAAGAAUUCAAGUGGAUUCAUACUGAAA